GGGGCCUCAGCCUGGCCUGGCGGCAGGACAGGGGCAUGCAGACAGGCAGCGGGGAGGUGACUUCUGCCUCCCUCAGUUUAGGCCAAGUGCUCCUGGGCCUCAGGCCAGCCAGACGAGCGCCCCCGGCCCUGGGGUAGUUUAGCGGGGACAGCUGUGGGCGAGGUGCUGGGAGAUCCGGGCAGGUUGGGGGAGUUUCUACGAGCUCUGCCCCAGGGGUUGUUUGGGGCACGGCCCCCCGGCCUAGGCACACGCUGCUGUCGGAAUGGAGAAGGUUGUUGCUUGUCCAUACAGAAGGCCUAAUGCGCUUUGUAGGCUGAUUUGCUUCCCCUGGGCUGGAAGUGGCGCUACCCAUUUUGCACAAUGGGGGAAACACUUUGACAACUCAACAGAAGUUUAUUCUAUAAAGCUUCCUGGAAGAGGAUCUCGUGUUAAUGAACCUUUUGCAAAAGACAUGAAAACUAUCGUUAAUGACAUUACUAGUGUUUUGCUUCAAGACUUGCAAGAGAAACCUUUUGCAUUAUUUGGUCACAGUUUUGGAUCAUAUGUUAGUUUUGCGGUUGCAGUACACUUGAAAGAAAAAUAUGGAUUACAACCAGUGCAUCUUUUUGUAUCAAGCGCAAGUCCCCCACAUACAACAUUUUGUUAUCCUCUCUACACAGUAAAAGACCAAAACGAAGAAGAAAUUAUCAAAUUGAUACAGUCUCUUGGAGGUAUUCCUCCUGAGUUUCUGCAGAACAAAAAUAUUAUGAAACACUUCAUUCCUGCAUUAAGAGCAGAUAUCGCAGUUAUUCAGUCCUUUCUCUUUGAGGAACAGGCAAUGGAUGGUCUCUCUUGUGACCUUACAUGCUUUGGUGGGUCUGAAGAUUUGCCAUUUGAUUUAGAAGCAUGGAAAGAUGUAACAAGUGGAGAUACCACUAUUCACAAGCUUCCUGGAGGACACUUUUAUCUGCUGGACCCUGCUAAUGAAAUUUUCAUGAUAGACCAUAUGAAAAAAUGUAUAGAAACUGCUGAUCUCUGAGUAUUUGUCUUUAUUUUGCUGGGGGAGAGGUCAAUGAUUAGUCCAAAGCAGUAAAUAAUACAAAACAUUUUUUAUACAAAUUUACAACUACCACAGUGACAAAGUAAGCAACUUUCUGUAGCAACAGGGCUAACAGUUGAUGUAUUAAUACAGGUGCAUCCUACAGCCAAAGGUUUUUCCAGGAUAUAAUUUAUGACGAUACUUAGGAAAAUUCUGAUUCUUAAAAAUAAACAGCCAGUACAUUAA